AUGUCAGCUCAUCAGGACAAAAAUGAUGCAGCAUCCAUAGGCGAGAAGCAAGAUGGGAAAAUGCUCGAGACAUCUCUCGACCACAUCCAAAGCCAUGCCAAUGGAACAGUCGCAACUAUCGACGGUAUCGAUCCUACAACUCUUCAUAACGACGAAGUGAUCACUCAGGCGAUCCAAGCCAUUGGCUUCGGCAAGUUCCAAUGGCAGCUAACAUUCUCCUGUGGUUUUGGCUUCCUCGUCGAUCAGAUGGUCCUUGUCUCAAUCAGUCUUGUUACACCUCAAGCAGCCAUGGAAUUCGGUCCUCGAUAUGCAACUCUCCUGUCUGCAGCUUCGUACGCUGGUUUACUCAUCGGCGCUUUGUUCCUCGGUACACUAGCCGAUAAUAUCGGUCGCAGAUUGGUAUGGCAGGCAUCUAUCUUUGGAUGCUCUAUCAUGACUGCCAUUGCUGCUUGUCCGACUAACUGGGCUUCCCUUAACGUCUUUGUCGCUUUGAUCGGCUUGUUUGCUGGCGGCAACCUGGCUAUCGACUUGACACUCCUAGCCGAAGCAAUUCCUCAAGAAUGGUCGUUCAUCCUAUCAAGUCUUGCUGGGAUCUGGGGCUUUGGAAAUGCAGUCACGGGCCUUAUCGCCUGGCCUCUUCUUGUCAACUUCGGAUGUCCCAGCGGCUCCACCCCCGAGACCUGCAGCCGCAGCGAAAACAUGGGCUGGAGAUACCUUUACAUCACCCUCGGUGGACUAUGCCUCGUCAUGUCACUUAUCCGAGCUUUUGUUCUACGAUCCCUCGAGUCCCCACGGUGGCUAGUCUCUUGUGGGAAGAUGCAAGAGGCUGCAGAGGUUAUCAACCAUAUCAGUCGAAUGAACAAGUCUGAUUAUAAUGUCACUGGUGAUAAUUUCCUUCAGCCCGAGCAGGAGAAGGCUGAUGGAGAGGUCCGAUCUUGGCGUGCGAAUAUUGCUCGGGCUUCGAGGCUCUUCUCUGGUGCUAAGCAGAUACGACUCAUAGUUGGUCUCAUUAUGAUCUGGGCACUCAUCGGCAUUGCAUACCCACUCUACACCAUCUUCCUCCCCUACUACCUCGCAGCUCACGGCGCCAACUUCGGCGAGACCAGUAACUACAUCACAUACCGCGACUGGACCGUUUCCUCCAUCGUCGGCAUCUUCGGCCCCAUCCUCAGCACCAUCCUCGUAUCAUCCCGCUUGUUCAAAUCCAAGCGCUCGAUGCUUCUCACCGGCAUAAUCUGCGCCGCAUUCUCCGGAGCAUUCACAUCAGCUCGAACAGCAGCAGAGAACCUCGCAUUCUCUUGCAUGAUCAACUUUUCUCUCAAUGCUCUGUAUGCUAUUGUUUACUCGUACACGCCCCAGGUUCUUCAGGUGCAGAACCGCGGGAUGGGCAUGGGGUUGCUUAUGGCGGUGGGGAGAAUGGCGUCGCUUAGUGCGCCGUUCAUUGCGACUUUUGCGGAUGUUACGACCUCGGCGCCGAUUUGGGUUGCGUGUGCCUGUUUCUUGGCGAUUGGACUUAUCGCGAUGCUUCUACCGGCUGAUACACGACCUUAUGUGUCCAAGGAGAGCCAAGAGCCCAGCGUCUGA